AUGUUCAGAAACUCUAUACGUCUGUUCAUCACAGGACGACCUUUACUUCUAAGAACCACUCCAAUACAGAAUGCCAUUUUAACUCCAAGACUUGCCGCAAAACAAUUCAUAGAACCAGAUACACCACAAAAGAAAGAACGUAAAUUAAGAAGAAGGGAGAAAAGAUUAAAGAAACAAAUUAUAAGAGAUGUUAAUACUUUAAAGCAAUAUGAUGCCAAAAAUGUACCAUUUCAAGUUGAUCCUGUUUUGGGAGAUCGUAAAUCUAAAUUUUUUUCAAGAAUAAUGGAAAAAGUUGAAAAUCAAGAAUCAAAAUUAGCUUAUGGAAUUGAUAGAAUAGAAUUUGAAAAAAUCUUGUAUGCUGCAGAAAAAUUAUCAAUUGAAAAAUCUUCUAGUAAUGAGGAAAUUCGUGAAAACGUUAAAAAAAUUGAAGAAAGUAAAAAACAAGCAGUUUUAACUAUAUUAAAUUUGAAAAAUACAAAUUCAAAAGAUAAGAAAAAAUUAGCUAUACAAUAUGCUCGAGAAGAAUUACAAAGAGAACCUGGUGAUACUGCGUCACCUGAAGUACAAGCAGCUGUAAUGACUGUUAAAAUUCAUUUUGGUAUGAAGCAUAUAAAAUUAAACAAAAAUGAUCAUUCGACCAUACAAAUUGUUAGAGAAUUAGUUCAAUAUAGACAAAAGAUAUUAAAGUACUUGAAGAAGCAAGAUCCAAAAAAAUACUACUAUGCUUUAGCAAAAUUAGGAUUAACUGAUGAUGUGGUUGUCACAGAAUUUCCAAUGGGUAGGCAAUAUUUACAAGAUUAUAAAAUUUGGGGUGAUAAAGUAUUAAUCAAAGAAACUCAAAGUGCAAAGAGAAAAAACAAUAAGAUAAAACAACUAAGAGAAAGAGUUAGUAGUUAUCAUGAUUUAGCUAAAAGAAAUUACGAAAUAAUGAAGAAAGAAAAACAAGCUUAA